AUGCGCCGCCGCCUCCUCCUGGCCACGAAGGUGUUUCCUCGCGGGUUUUUCGCGCUCCGGAAGUUGCGAGAUUCGGCGAGAAAGGCUCUUGUGAUUAUCCCGGAGCAGCGCAACCACCAUCACCGCCACCCUGGUGCCCGUAGCAAGUCAUCAGGUCCACACUUUUCAUCACCGCCUACCUCUCGCGGCUUCCGUGGAAUGAACUGCCGGUCAUUCCACUCUGGUGGCUGCGUUGGUGUUCUCCCUUCCCCACCACCUCCUCCUGCCCGCACCUACUCAUCCCCAGAGCCCAAGACACCCAAGCAGCAGCCACGCCAUGGUGGCAAGCGAAGCCGGCCCAUUUCCAUAAGCCCCUCCACAUCUCCUCCCACCCAUUCUGAGCUGUGGGCGGGCCCAGCAUUCUCCAACUCACCACCACCCAGUUCGCUGCCCAUCCCCAAAUUUUCCCUCCGCCAGAAGCGCAGCAUCUCUCUCGAGCUGCCACCAGUUGAGCGCUCUGUUGAUGUGGAGGUCAGACUGCAUGCUAAAUCAGCACCUUCAUCCCCGGUUGAGGGAUCUGGGUAUGACUUCUUCAAUGAUGAUGCAAUUGCUAGUGCUAUAGCAACGGAAAAUCUGAGGAGGAUUCUCCAGUUGGAUAUCGCUGAUCAUUGA